ACCUUUUAAGUCUGCACGGUGAAGACCAGAUUCUUCCGCGUCUUUGAUUAGUUGUGAUACAUUCUCUCAACUGUGUCACCAAAUUUCCAUUUGCAAAGAAGAGAUCGAUCAUGGCGCUGGCGGUGGUAGGUGGAGCCGCUCUCUCGGGUUUCUUCCAGCAAGUAUUUGUGAAAUUGGAUUCUCAGGAGGUCAGGAACUUCAUCAGAGGAAAGAAACUGACUAAUGGGUUGCUGAAGAAGUUGAGGAUCAAGUUGAAUUCUGUCAGUGCGGUUUAUGAUGAUGCCGAGCAAAAGCAAUUACGUAACCCACAUGUGAGGCUGUGGCUGCACGAGCUUAAAGAGGCAGUCCUUGAUGCUGAGGACCUACUGGACGAGAUCAAGACAGAAGCGUUGAGGCGAAAAAUUGAAGCUGAAUUUGGAAGUAGCACAAGCAAGGUACAAGACCUCAUCUCUGCUUCUUUUCAUGCUUUUGAUGAGUCUGUAGACAGCAAGAUAGAGGAAAUUCUUGAGAGGCUAAGCUUCAUUGUAGAACAAAAAGAUGCCCUUGAUUUGAAAAGAGGUAGUAGACACAAAAUCUCACAAACAUUGCUUUCAACUUCUUUAGUAGAAGGCUCUGAUGUGUAUGGAAGAGAUCAUGAGAGGGAAACCAUCAUUCAAUUGUUGCUAUCAAAUGAUGUCACUUGUAGUAAGAUUGGCAUUAUUCCCAUUGUGGGCAUGGGUGGGAUCGGAAAGACCACCCUUGCUCAGCUCUUAUACAAUGAUGAUAGAGUGAAGCAGCAUUUUGAGCUCCAAGCAUGGGUUUGUGUUUCUGAUGAGUUUGACGUUGUUAAGAUCACACAAACAAUUUAUGCCUCGGUCACUUCACAAACCUGUGAUACCACAGACCUAAACCAGCUUCAAGUCAAACUCAAAGGUGCUUUGGCGGGGAAGAAGUUUCUUUUUGUUCUUGAUGAUGUUUGGAACGAGAAUUACAAUAUUUGGGAUUCCUUAAAACGCCCCUUUGAGUCUGGAGAUCAUGGAAGUAAGAUCAUUGUCACCGCACGGAAUGAUGGUGUUGCAUCUACGAUGGGUACUCUUCAAACCUACUAUUUAGAGCACUUACUUGAGGAAGACUGUUGGUCUUUAUUUGCAAAACAUGCCUUCAAAGAUGCAAGUGUUAUUAUAGAUCCAAAUCUUGAGGAAAUUGGAAGACAAAUUGUUUGCAAGUGCAAAGGCCUUCCUUUAGCUGCAAAAUCUCUCGGUGGUCUCUUACGCUCUGAAUCAAAUGUGGAGGAAUGGGAAAAUGUGCUAAAAAGUGACAUAUGGGAGUUGUCAGAUGCAAAGAUUGACAUUUUGCCGGCUCUAUGGUUAAGCUACCAGUACUUGUCUUCGGAGCUGAAGCGUUGUUUUGCUUAUUGUUCCAUAUUUCCCAAAGAUUAUAAAUUUAACAAGUAUGAAUUAAUUUUGUUGUGGAUGGCUGAAGAUCUUUUACAACCUCAAAAGAAGACUAGGUUGGAAGAUGUUGGAAAGAAAUACUUUGAUGAUCUAAUCUCACGGUCAUUUUUUCAAUACUCGUCUUCAAAUGAUUGUUUCAUCAUGCAUGAUCUGAUGCAUGAUUUGGCGACUUACGUAUGUGGGGAAUUUUGCAUUAGAUUGGAAGACCAUGACUUCUCAUUGGACGUUGUGAACAAGGGCCGUCAUUUUUCUUAUUUGCAAUAUUCAUCUAAUGUUGAUUAUGAGAGAUUUGACACUGUUUAUGAAGCUAAGUAUCUGCGCACCUUCAUUCUUGGCAGAAGCUAUUUUCGGCCGCCAGUACGACUUGAUCUCCUUUUAAUGCUACAAUGUUUAAGAGUUCUCAAACUACGUGUGCAUGAUAUCACGGAGUUGCCUGAUUUGAUUGGCAACUUGAAGCAUCUACGGUACCUCGACUUGUGUAACACUCUAAUCCGGGAAUUACCUGACACGGUAUGCAGUUUGUGUAAUUUACAAACGUUAUUGUUGUCGAAUUGUCGCCAUCUUGUUGAGUUGCCCACUGAUUUGAGAAGACUUACCAACUUGCGUCAUCUUGAUUUCAGAGAUACGAAAAUAAAAAAGAUGCCCCCCCACAUGGGCAAGUUGAAGGAUCUCCAAACAAUUGGAGGUGAGUUUGUCUUGAGCAAAGAUGCUGGGGGAAACAUUGAUGAGUUAAAGGGGUUUCAGCAUUUGAGUGGAAAUCUUCAUAUUUCAGGGCUUCAAAAUAUCAGACAUGCUGAGGAUGCUUUGGAGGCCAAACUGAGGGACAAGAAGCUCAGUGAAAUACAUUUGAAAUGGGAAGGUGACACUGCUGAUUCUCAAAACGAUAGCCGAGUGCUGGGCAACCUGCAGCCCAAUACAAACCUAAAGGUACUGGCUAUAAAGGGAUACGGAGGUACAAAGUUUCCAGGUUGGUUAGGAGAUGAGUCUUUCUCUAAUCUCAUCACUCUCCGACUUGAGAAUUGUGGAUAUUGUUUCUCCCUGCCAGCAUUGGGGCAGCUAACCUCCCUCAAAAGGCUUGAAAUUGAUGGGUUGAAUGGAGUGGAAUUAGUGGGGUCUGAGUUUUAUGGGCCUGCAUUAAAAUCUCUGGAGUUUCUGAGUUUCCGCAGUAUGCCGGAAUGGCAAGAGUGGUAUUUCCCUGGAGGUGAAGAAGAAGAAGGCGGACAUUUUCCUAAUCUUUGCGAGCUUUGUCUGGAGAACUGUCCCAAACUAACGGGGAAAUUACCGUUACACUACUUCCCAAGACUUGAGCGGCUAAUUUUGCAGAAUGUUAAUAUCGAAUCCCUUGCUUGUUCGCAAGAAUGCAAUAAAUUCAAUAUUGAACUCCCAUCCCUCCGUGACUUGAGAAUAUCAGAUUGCCUGAAUCUGGUAUGUUUUGUGGGUGGUGGAGUGCUGCUUGCGCCCAACUUGAAGGAGAUAUCUAUGUGCCGUUUUAAAAACUUGUGGUCAGUGCCAGAAGAUAUGCACGCCUCUCUCCCGUCUCUUCAGUCUCUGUCCAUAGAAGGGUGUAAAGAAUUUAAAUCAUUUCCGGAAGAAUCUAAAUUCCCAUCCCUCGUUGUUUUGAAGAUAAAGGGAUGCCCAGAAUUUGUGGGUUUCCUCUAUGGAGGAGGACUGCAAGCGCCCAACUUGGAGACGAUGGAAAUUAAAGAAUGUAACGAAUUCAGGUCACUGCCAGAGGAGAUGCACGCCUCUCUCCCGUCUCUUCAGUCUCUGUCCAUAGAAGGGUGUAAAGAAUUUAAAUCAUUUCCGGAAGAAUCUAAAUUCCCAUCCCUCGAUUAUUUGGAGAUAAAGGAGUGCCCAGAAUUUGUGGGUUUCCCCCAUGGAGGAGGACUGCAAGCGCCCAACUUGAAGACGAUGCGAAUCGAAGAAUGUAACAAAUUCAGGUCACUGCCAGAGGAGAUGCACGCCUCUCUCCCGUCUCUUCAGUCUCUGUCCAUAGAAGGGUGUAAAGAAUUUAAAUCAUUUCCGGAAGAAUCUAAAUUCUUAUCCCUCGAUAAAUUGUAUAUAAAGAAGUGCCCAGAAUUCAGGUCACUGCCAGAGGAGAUGCAAAUCUCUCUCCCAUCUCUCUCGUGUUUGAGUAUAUGGGACUGUCCAGAAUUGGAAUCAUUUCCGGAAGGGGGAUUGCCGUCUAAAUUGCGUUCACUCAGUAUCUGGAAAUGUAAAAAACCGAUGGCAAACCGUAUGCGGUGGGGUCUACAAACACUCACCUCUCUCGAACACUUGGAUGUCGGCUUCUCAGAAUGUGAAGAAGAAGAAAUUGGCGAAUCAUUUCCAGAAGAGGGGCUGCUGCCAACCACUCUCACUUCUCUCGGAAUCCUCCAUCAUCCGAAUCUGAAAACCAUUGACGGCAAGGCGCUAAGACACCUCAUCUCUCUCGAGAAGUUGGAGAUUUUUUUUUGUCCUCGACUCCAGAGCUUGCCAGAUGAAGGGCUACCCACUUCUCUUUCUCGUCUACGAAUCUACAAGUGUGAUUUGCUAUCACAACGGUGCCACAGAAACACAGGAGAAGAUUGGCCCAAGAUUUCUCACAUCCCCGAAAUAUUGAUUGAUCAAUAUGACUGAGAGAUAUGAUUUGUAAUGGUUUGGAGUUGCGCAAUGAUACGUACGCGAAAAUUGUGAGCAAACAAAAGUAAACAACUCUUAUGCAUAAAUGUUGGCUGCCAGAAAAUCUCAGUAGUACCAGAGAAGAUAAGCUUGUAAUAAAUUUCGAAUUCUCAAAACAGAGUAAACAAGAGAAAGAAGAUCUACAUAUAAGCACCACUAGUUGGCCGGCACACAUGAUUUCUUUUACGAGCAUGUUCUUCAUUAUGGCGCUGUGUUCGACAUGCAUAUCCAUACCAGCAAUUUUCCCUGUUUGAUGCCUCUGUGGGUAGAUGAUAUUUGGGAAUCGAAAUCCGAAACCAGUACGAGAGGAAGGAGAUCAGCUUCUCAUAACAGUAAUUGCACGUAGGUGUCCCAGAAGUUAUUGCCUCGGAAUGAUUGAGGGGCAUCCUCAUUCGAUCAAUUUCUCUGUUGUUCAACUUUGUAAGCCAUUCUGCAAUAACAUCCUGCAAUGUUCUCCCCAACUGUGCGAUACGGUUCUCAGUGAUAACUUAUUCAUGUCGAUUGUUUUCACGAGCUGAAGUAGGGAUUCCAGAGAUGGUCCGUUCUGAGAUUGGUUUAAAAGUCUCGCGACUUGAAGGAGAUCUAUGUCCAGGUAUGUUUUGUGGGUGGGGAGUGCUGAUUGCGCCCAACUUGAAGGGGAUAUCUAUGUCCAGGUCCAAAAACAUGUGGUCAGUGCCAGAAGUGAUGCAAAUCUCUCUCCCAUCUCUUCAGUUUAUGAGUAUUUGUGAUUGUCCGGAAUUUGAAUGGUUUCCGCAAGAAUCUCAACUCGAAUCGCUUCUCCAUAUGAAUAUAUCCGGAUGCCCAAAUUUUGUGGGUUUCCAGGACGGUGGAAGGCUGUACGCGCCCAACUUGACCGAUAUAUUUUUCAGUGGAUGUAAGAAAUUGAAGUCACUGUCAGACAAAGAAGACUAAAUUAUCUAUAUUAGGCUAUUAGCAUCUCAAUUAGGCUUUUGCAGCCUGACGUCACAUAAUAUUUUAGGGAAGUGUUAUUGGCACUCCAAAAAUCUCAUUCUAUGCUUCUCACAACUGUAGUUUUCUUUCCUAAUACAGAAAGUUUAGAAUGUAGAAUGAGAUUUUUGGAGUGCUAAUAACAAUUCUUAUAUUUUAACCUA